GAACCCUCAUCACGUGACGAGUGAAAUUGGGAGGCUCUUGUGUUUACAUCAAUGCACUCAGGAGCAGCUGGUGCGAACUGUCUAUGUAUUAGAUAUGAAUGUUUCGCUUUCAUUUAUUUAGAAACUGGAAGUGCACUUCUUUACGCCUAGGUAAGAGGCAGUGCCCAGGAAAAGGACCGUCUUUUGGGGGGGAUUUUCAAGGAACCGUGGCAACAUACUGUAUUCCCGUUUGCAUCUAGCUAAUUGUUGCAGCCAUGGACGAGUUAGCCGUGGAGGUCCGAGGAACGAGUGGAGCAUUUUACAAGGCAUUUGUGAAGGACGUGCACGAAGGUUCUGUUACUGUGACGUUUGAGAACAAUUGGCAGCCGGAGCGACAGAUCCCCUUUCAUGAUGUUCGAUUUCCUCCACCGACUGGUUUUCAGAAAGAAAUAAAUGAAAGCGAUGAAGUUGAGGUAUGUGCUGUGUACUCCAGGGCCAAUGACAAAGAGCCUUGUGGGUGGUGGCUGGCCAAAGUUAGGAUGGUUAAGGGGGAGUUUUAUGUAAUAGAAUAUGCAGCCUGUGACGCCACCCUCAAUGAAAUUGUCACAUUGGAGAGGCUAAGACCCGUGAACCCGAACAAGCCGGCCACGAAAAACACCUUCCUCAAAGUCAGACUGGACGUGCCGGAGGACCUGCGGCAGAUGUGUGCGAAAGACUCGGCGCAUAAGGAUUUCAAGAAGGCCGUGGGGGCGUUCCACGUGACGUAUGAUGCGGAGAAGAAGCAGCUGGUCAUUCUGUCUGUCAACGAGGUGACGGCCAAGCGGGCGACCAUGCUGAGCGACAUGCACUUCAGGAGCCUGCGCACGAAGCUUUCCCUGAUGCUCCGCAACGAGGAGGCCAGCCGACAGCUGGAGAGCUCUCGACAGCUGGCGUCCCGGUUCCACGAGCAGUUUGUGGUUCGGGACGACCUGAUGGGGCUGGCCAUCGGUACCCACGGCGCCAACAUCCAGCAGGCCAGGAAGGUGCCCGGGGUCACCACCAUCGACCUGGACGAGGAGACCUGCACCUUCCACAUCUACGGAGAGGACCAGGAGGCAGUACGGAAGGCCAGAAGUUUCCUUGAAUUUUCGGAGGAUGUUAUCAAAGUCCCCAGGAAUUUAGUGGGGAAAGUCAUUGGUAAAAACGGAAAGCUCAUCCAGGAGGUGGUGGAUAAAUCGGGGGUUGUGCGCGUGAGGAUCGAGGCGGAGAACGACAAAAAGCCAGCGCCACAGGACGAGCAGGGCAUGGUGCCGUUCGUGUUCGUGGGAACAAAGGAGAGCAUCUCGAACGCGCGCGUGCUGCUCGACUACCACCUCAAUUACCUGAAGGAAGUGGACCAGCUGCGGAUGGAGAGGCUGCAGAUCGACGAGCAGCUCCGCCAGAUCGGGGGCGGCCCCCGGGCCUCGGCGGGGCGCCCCGAUAAAGACAAGGGGUUCAUCGCGGACGACGGCAUGGGGCCCUCUCGAGGGGGCAAGCCCUUUGGCCGAGGGGGGCGUGGCAGGCGAGGCCCCACCUUUGCUUCAGGCACCAACUCGGAGGCGUCGAACGCGUCCGAGACAGAGUCUGACCACAAGGACGAGCUGAGCGACUGGUCUCUGGCCCCCACCGACGAGGAGGGGGGCGGGGGGUACCCCAGGCGGGGGGACGGCCGGAAGCGAGGGGGGGGCCCUCGAGGCCGAGGAGGGAGGGGCAGAGGAGGAGGAGGCUACAAAGGAACUGAGGAAAUGCAGUGGAAUGAAUCCCGUUCACGCAACUCUAGGGAGACAAAACCACGGCCACAGGAGGAUUCACUGCAGAUCCGGAUCGACGGAAACAACGAGAGGAGCGUCCACACCAAGGGCCCCGGGGGCGGGGGUGGGGUCGGGGUUGGGGUUGACGGGGCCGCGGCGGGGAACGGGGCCAGCCGCCAGCGACCCAUCAAGGAGCGCACGGUGAAGAAGGAGAAGCAGGAGAACCCGGACGGCCCCCAGGCGCUGGUGAACGGGGUGUCCUAGGCAAGGCCCCUCCGCUCACCCCCAACCCACCCCCCACAUCCCCCCCCCACCCCAAUCCUCAGCCAAUUGUCUCCUCUACUGUUCCAUCGAUUCAGACGCUUCACCAUUAGAGACACGUUAGGCCAAAGAGAACUGGGGCGGUAGGGCUGUCGCGAGACAUGCAGAAUAAGCACACUUUGCAGCUGUGUGGAGAGCAUUCACUUCUGUGGCAGGCAGGGAGGGCAGACGCGCUUCACUGUACCAGUAGAGGGGCGAGCCAGGAGUUUCUAAGGGUUGGGGGAGGGGGGGGGGGGGUGGACGGGAGGUCGGGAAGUGGAUGGGAAGAGGGGCAGAAGUUGCAGUUUUUUUUUUUUUUUUUUUUUGUAAAUGAAUUUCUAGACAACUACCUAUCAAAUGAGCUGUGGGGAGAAAUAUGUAAAACAAAAAAAUGAAGAAAAAAAAAAAAAAAAACUAAAAUAAAGAAAAACGUGUAUUCCAGGAGGGUAGGUGUUCAUACUUCGUGUGCCGCAUAACAUCUGAAGACGCGUCCGUUUCCACGUUCAAAGGUUCGAUUUAAUGAGCGCUUGAGGCCUCUGUCGUUGGCACUUAACACGCAUUCAGCGACGGUCAAAACCGCAUUCCCCACGACAAUGUGAAGUCACAGCCGUUGUAUCAUUAGCAAAAAAUGUAUAAAAAAAAAAAAACAAAACGGAAAAAAAAAAACAACAAAAAAAAGAGAGAAACUCCUGUCUGAUCUGUGCCUUUAAACUAGCGUGGACAGUAUCGUAAUUGGAUGUCUAUAUCAGGGAAGAAGACGUGGAAAACACUAAUGUAAAAUACUGAAUUAUAGAGAAGUUGUUCAUUCAUCAAAAGAGAAAAUAGUUCCUUCUCUUGGAGAAUGCAUGCAUUUCAUUACCUUUUUUAUUUUGGUUUGGGGAAAAACAGGAUUUCUGCCUGGCAAAUGUAAGACAUUUAUUUCCUUUUCAUGCACUGAAAUCUAGAAUAGUGGUGAGGGAUUGGUUUACUUUACAGAAGGGGAGGGGGGGGGGAGAACAAUUUUGGAUAGAAGAACUGAUUACGGCUUUGCAGUUGUGGGUGAUUUAUGAAUUGUUAUUAUUAUAAAAUGCAUUAUACAACACAAUGAUGUAAGACAUGGCCGCUAAAUAUACCGUACAUGUGAUUGUAAGAAUGUUCUCUUUAUUGCUUUCCUUUCAUAGAAUACUGUUCAUAGACACUGUGGCCCUGAGCAGGCAGGACUUCUGGUUGUUAUUUAUAAGACUAGAUCAUUUCAUAGGAGGGAGUGUAUUAUAUUUGGAUAUUUAAAAGAAAAAAAAAAUGUGUGGACAUUCUUGAAUCUACUUCUGUCUUAUGAGGGUGUUGUACAAUGUUAUUUUGUUGAACAGAUGAACCACUAAACGGAGCUGGUCAUUUAAGUAUGUGGAAUGCUUGACUGCCUAACUGUACAGUGCUCCUCUGUCCCCACCCCCUAACCCCGCCCCCAUGCCAAAGCUAUUAAGUGACAAGUUUUUUUUUUUUUUUUUUUUAAUUGUUUCUUUAGUUUUUCAUUUUUUGAGAAUAUUAGAGCUCGGCAUUUGAUUUGCGAAGUGUGCGGAGCUUAUAUCGAGGACAUGUCUCCGUUCUCAUCUCAUCGGCGGAUUAAUUCCUCGUCGUUUCUCCGUGGCUGUUCUAUUUUUGAAUUUGUCAUAGGAAAAUAAUAACUUUCAACGAGCUAGCUGUCUGUUUUAGCCUGUUUUGUACCGUUCGAUAACAGAUCAAAUUCGAAUGAAACCGCGAAGCACUUUGUCACACGCCGUACAUUAUCUCGUUGUUUAAAAGCUUGCCGCUGUUUUGUUUUUUCGGUAUUAAACUUUCAGACGCGCCGCUAACAAUUUAGCAUUACCUACCACCGUUUUUUUUGUGUGGGGUUUUUUUUUUUUCUUUACUGCUGGAAACGAUACGCAGAGUGUUGUGUGUGUGUUCUUCUGCAGAUGGCGUAUGCCGUCACCACUGCAGAAAUAUGUUGCUGAGUACCAGUCUACUUUUUCCGGCUUAAUUUUCUACAGGAGAAUGCGUAAGGGAGCGAUGAAGUUUAGUUCUGUAUUAACCAUCUGUCUUAUCUGAUUGACGCUUGUGCGUAACGUGUUAGUUUACAUGUGAGAGGAGUCGAGGCUGUUCUAGUCCCGCUACCCUAGACCCACUGUGAGGUUAGCCUUUUUAUUUAUUUGUGUACUUUUCUCAGCUGCCAACCUUUAACUGUCUGGCAGUAGCUGGAUUAACCCACCAUUUCUCUACAUGUUACUGUACCUGUCUAAUAUCUUUGAGAAACCUAUGCUCUUAUGUCGAGAUGCUGAGCUCUGCUUCUCAUAACAUAAACGACCACGCAUAUGAGCAUCAUAUUUGUUACUCUGAGAAUUCGGAGGGAUUGAGGCAUAACUACAGUUGACUAUGAAUAAACUCAUUGUGAAGACAAGCGUCACCAUCUUUCUCUCUUAGUACAAGAUUUGACAUGGGGUCAGUUUUUGCGCAACAAAUGGGGGCAAGUGGAACCUUCGUAUGUGAAACAGGAUUGUGUUGGAGGCCUGCCCAUUUUAAAAACUGGCAACAAAAAAAAAAAAAUUAAACACCAAUCAAGCUGGGGUUGAGAUGUUUUCAGUGAGCGUUUUAAUGUUCAGUGGUGCCAGUUUCUAGGACCAAGUCAACAGGCGUUUUUUUUUAAUGAAGGCAUUCUCGAAGUUCCGGCAUAGCGCCGCGCUUGGAAAUUAAACUAAAGCCGACCGCGGUGCAGCCGUCUACGCUCAGUAUUUUUAUUACGCGCACAUCUGACGCUAAACAACGGCGAAAGAUGUCGCGGUUCACUGCAGUUUGUCACGAACGGACACGGGACGUCUUAUACAUGUUGCCAAACAGACUGAUUUCUGGUUAUUUAUUUUGGGAAUGUACAUGAACUUAAGGUAAUAAGACAUUUCUUGCACACAUCAUAGGCUUUCAUUGUUUAAAACAUAACUGAAAACAGGAUUACUGUAGAUACUGAACCAGGGUGGACUGACCUUGUAUGUCACUGCACAUAGGGCAAUAUUUCCUCUGUACAUAUUAGUGGAACAGAUUGGGGUUUAUGUUGACAUUGUUUGGUUAUAGUGCAAUAUAUUUUGUAUGCAAGCAGUUUCAAUAAAUAAAGGUUGAUCUUCCUCUGCUGCCUGGA